UUGCUGAGAAUCCACAGGUAGUUGCUGAGAAUCAGACAGAGUCUGAAGUACCUCCUCCACAAAAGAGAAGAAAGACAUUUCCAUUUGCAAGGCUCUUGACCAGUGAGGAAAGUUGGCAGCAACUGCAAGAGUCAACCAGAGAAGCAGAACGAAAAGCCGAAGAAAAACGUCAAAAAAAAGAAAUAGCAGCCCAGAAGAAAGCUGAACGGGAACUACUUUCGGCUCAAAAAAAGGAAAAGCGAGCCCAAAAAGUUCAGAAGAAAUAA